GAAGGACACAACUCAUGCAUCCUCCGAAUUCCCGUGAAAGAAGGUCGCAUUCGAAGGCUGCAUUUGAAGUGUCCUACUCGCUUUUAUGAAACGAGACAGCCUCUGACGUAUGCGGCCGACAAAUGCGACCUCCGGAGGACGCAUGCUUCCAAACUAGACACAGCAAUCGUUACCUUAGAAACAGAAAACGCUUCAGUUCACUGGGCGUUAACACACUUCCUAAAUCUUUUUCCGCUGAAGUUUCGAACCAGCCAAUGAGAUUCGACAUAAAAGUGUGAGGCGGGACUUACGCCGUCAGACGCGUCUCCGAUUGGAGGCUAUUGUUCAUGUGAGCGCAAACAACAUUUCACUGGGGACGCAAGGUUACGUUAAGGUUAGUGGUUCAAAUCCAUGCGCAUAACAUUAAUCGUUUUUAAAGUUAACAAAUACAUUUUUCAAUGCACUUCGAAUCAAGAGAAAUGAACUGUUCGUAUAUGAGUGAACAGAAAUAAUGGAUUAAGAGAACGGGCAUAGACGUGACAGAGUUUUUCUGUUAAACGGAUAUACAUGUUUGAAUCCCAACACUCCUGAUAAAACAUCUUACAAGUUUAUGACGCACUGCUAGUGAACGUUUUCGUACUCUUAAAGACACAUUGAAUACAUUCUCAAGGUCCAGUCCCAUUGAAUCGAAGCGAUGAAAACACGGUCGUCCUCUCCACCGGUCCAAGUUCAUGUCCCUGACUCAACAUCUGUACAUGUCCACCUGAAGAAAAGUCCACAGAAGUGUGCAGCAGUGCCACCCAGCCAGCAAGGUAAAAUGAGCCAUUUACGAUCCACUGCCAGUGUGAAGGUACGAGCUCCCUGGGUUCCUCCUGGAAAGGCAUCUAAACGAAAGGAAUACAAGUGGGAGGGGGCGACACACUGUUUGGAGAUCAUGCCUUGUCCUGCCACUGACUGUUCCUCAUCUCCUCUGAGGCUCACUGCUUUGUCCAGUGAAGAGGACAAUGUAAAAGGAGUAAUUGACAACAUCCCCAAAUAUGAAAGGGAGAUUCAAAGUCUUUUGUUAGAAGUUGACUCUAUGAGAAGUGAGGUAACGUUACAGCAGAGAGAGGACCAGUUGAAGCACCAGUCACAGCAGUUGAGUGCCUGUCACCAUUUUAUUGACCAACAUGAUGAAAGACUAGAGGAAGCCGGUAAUGAUUUGAGGAGGUCAAAGCUCGAGAAUUCUGAUCUCCGGAGCACUGUGGAUGGGGCACACUGUGAUCCUGGACAAUUUAGGUCAGAAACAGAACCUCUGCACCAGGAGAUAGAAACUUUGCUUAGGAAACUGGUGGAGGCUGAGAUAGAUGGCCAAGCUGUAGCCAAACAAGUGGCAGUUCUAAGGGAAACCAUAGGCAAACUUAGGAAGGUAAAUGAAUGUGUGCAGGACAAAAAACUGUUAAAGACAUACUCUGAUCAGCUGGGUCGGCAACAUGAGCUACUAGAGCAGAAGUUUAACGCCUUUGAAAACACAAACCGCUUUCUCCGACGACUUCUGAGAGUGCAGCAUGGAUGGGAGACAGAUGCGCUGAGGAUGUCUGAUGAGAGGGAGAUACUAAUGAGGAAACUAGCUGAUUCAGAGGCUGAAAAAAGGAAACUUGAGUCUAAACUCAACAACAAGGAAAAGGAGGCCAAUCAGCUAGCUGAGAAUUUGGAAACUGAAAAGGAUCAUCUAAAGAGCACAGGAGAGCUGUCCAAGAUUCUCGAAUCUACCCGUAGUCGUCUGCAGAACCAGCUGCACAAGAAAGAGGCUGAAAAUAACCGUCUGGAGGCUCAGAUCCAAAGGCUAGAGGGCACACUGCAGCAAAAACAGGAGGAGGUUCAAGGUCUGCUGGAGCAGAUGAGAGAGUUGAAACAGCACUGUGAAGGGGACAGAGACAUCCAUAAACAGGUCUUUGAGGACCAGAGAAAACGGGCUGAACAAAGCGUGAAUACAGCAGCCCAGCUCUCUACACAACUCCUGGAGAGGACUCAGUUAGCAGAGGCUCUCUCCUCUGCUGAGGAGCUUUGGCAGCAUUACUCCAAACAGAACAGAGAGAAGAGCCAACUCGAGCUGGAGGUCACCACAUUAAACAAUCGGCUCACUGAGUUGACUGAACAUUUGCGCAGUUGUGAGGAGAAGUCCUGCACUGAGAGAGAGGGGUUUCUCAGCCGGCUGCACUCCCUCACCUCAGAGGCCACCUCAACCAGACUGGAGAACCAGAGACACAAGACCACUCUGUCAGCUACAGAAGACCGAUUGUCUUUGUUUCAGUCUGAGGUGGAACAGCUGAAGACUUCUCUCAAAGACUUUGAGAGUCUGGUAGAGGGUUACAAGAGCCAGCUGCAAAAGACGCGUUUGGAGUCUGAGGAAUACUCUUUGAGGCUGGAGCUGGCGGAGGCGGCGGCACGGAGUGACCGUGCAGAAGUGGAGAGGGAGGUGGAACAGGGCCGCAAGCAGUUCCAGGCCAGGUUGAAGGAGCUGCAUGAUGCUCUGAAACAUUCUGAAGAGCAGUUCAGAGAGGCCAGAGAGAACAUGCACAUACAGGAAAGGAGAAAUGCUGAGCAGAACAGCACUCUGUCUGAACUCAGGAUCAAGAUGGAGCAGCAGGAUUGCAAAAUAGAGACAUUCCGGAAGAAGUAUGUGUUUCUGCUUGAAGAAAACACUCAGCUGAAAUGCUCUGUAGAAAGCAUGGAAAGGAAGUUGGAAGAGGUGAGCACUCAGAACAGGGAUCUGCUUCAGGUUAUUACCAAGCGUGAGGAGACAAUCCACCACACACAGCUGUGUCUGGAGGAGAAGACCUGGGAGUGUGACUCCCUCUUCAGACAGGCAGAACAGGCUAGGGAGGAGGCACAGAGACAGAUGGACCAGUGUCUAGAGCGGAUUUUGUCCAAAGAACAGUCAGCUCAGUCCAAAAAGCUGGAUUUGGAGACCCAGUUGAGCCUGGCUAAAAAUGAGCUGGGGCAGCUACGCCGCAGCAAAGAUGAUAUGGAGAAGCGAUUUCAGUGCAAACUUCAAGACAUGAAGAACCAGUUAGAGCAGGUGAACAGCACCAAUCGCAGCCUGCAGAACUAUGUGCACUACCUGAAGUCCUCAUACACCAAUGUGUUUGGAGACUCUGCACUCACAAGCUCACUGAAUAUCCAUAUCUGAAGUGUGAC